AUGCACCAAACUGUAACUCCACUUCCUCUAAUGAGGCUUUUUCCUAGGAGUGGAAAACAGAUUAAGGUGGGCGUGGGAGCAGAUAUUGUAAGAUUGGAAAAAAGAUUGGAUAAACUUAAAAAAAGCAAGGCAAAAGAUUCACAAACGAAAGCAAAGGAGGAAGCAGAAAGAUCUGCACUGGAAAAGAUUCAACAGGUGCUUAUGGAUGGAAAACCAGCACGAUCAGUUACCUUAUCAGAUCCUGAAAAGGAUGCUAUAAGGCACCUUUGUUUGCUUACGAUGAAACCGGUAAUUUAUGUUGCAAAUGUAGCAGAGUCUGAAGUGGCUGAUCCUGAAAAGAAUCCUUUUGUCCAAGAAGUAGCAAAACUUGCAUCGGACUUGCAAUCAGGAGUGGUGACUGUCUCAGCACAGGUUGAGGCAGAACUUACUGAACUUCCAUCUGAGGAUAGAGUAGAAUACUUAAAAUCUCUUGGAGUCAGUGAAAGUGGUCUAGGAAAUCUUAUUAGAGCAACAUAUAGCCUUUUGGGUUUGCGAACAUAUUUUACUUCUGGAGAGAAGGAAACAAAAGCAUGGACAAUUCUUUCAGGUUGCAUAUGAAGAUUUUGUUGCUGCCGGUUCGCUUGCGGCUGCAAGGGAGAAAGGACUGUUGAGAUCUGAAGGGAAGGAAUAUGUUGUACAAGAAGGAGAUGUCAUGUUGUUUCGCUUCAAUGUUUGAUCACAUUAUCGCCGGAGCAGAUGGAUUUGUUACCUGUCAGUUACAGCAGAAAAACGAUGUUGCUGACAAGUUGUACAAGCACAUCACUACAUUCUUGAACUGUGGGAGCCUGACCUCAAAAGUGAGGUAGAUUCAUUGAGUAGUCACCAAAUUUUGUCAAAGAAGCAAUUAAUUCGUACAUUCAUUAUAUACUUAUUUCAGUUAUUCAAUGUAUAAAGGCCAGAGAUAAUUGAAUUAUCGAUCAAAGGAAGAUAGAAUAAUAAAGAAUAGAUGCUACUAAUUUUAUAUAUCGCAUUGCAUGCUGAAAGAUAGUCUAUAAACAAAAGCAGCAUUUUUUAAAAAAUAAAAAAUAAAAGGCUUAAAACUAUAUAAGAAUUCAGAAUUUAGCCCAUAGUUCUCGUUCAUGAGUCGAUGAUUUAGUUGGAAUAGUGUUCUACUCCCUUUGAUCCCUUGUGUUCUUUGCAUUUUCCAAUUAAACAAAUGAAAGUCAAAUGCAUUAA